AUGGAGAACGGCACAGAAGGCAAGAACUUCUACAUCCCCAUGAACAACAGGACGGGGCUUGUGAGGAGUCCUUUUGAAUAUCCACAGUACUACCUGGCUGACCCAAUGGUUUUCAAGCUCAUGGCCUUCUACAUGUUCUUCCUCAUCUGCACUGGAUUCCCCAUCAAUUUCCUGACACUGUUGGUCACAGCCCAGAACAAGAAGCUCCGGCAACCUCUCAACUUCAUCCUGGUCAACCUGGCUGUGGCUGGACUCAUCAUGGUCUGCUUUGGCUUCACCAUGACCUUCAUCACUGCUAUUAAUGGCUACUUCAUUUUUGGACCAAUGGGCUGUGCCAUUGAGGGAUUCAUGGCUACUCUUGGAGGUCAGGUCAGUCUCUGGUCCUUGGUGGUCUUGGCUGUUGAGAGAUACAUCGUCGUCUGCAAACCCAUGGGAAGCUUCAAGUUCACUGGAACCCAUGCAGGAGCUGGAGUUGUUUUCACCUGGAUCAUGGCCAUGGCUUGUGCUGCACCCCCUCUGGGUGGCUGGUCCAGAUACAUCCCCGAGGGUCUGCAGUGCUCAUGUGGACCUGACUACUACACUAUGGCUCCAGGCUUCAACAAUGAAUCAUACGUCAUGUACAUGUUCACCUGCCAUUUCUGUGUCCCAGUUGGCACAAUCUUCUUCACCUAUGGAAGCCUUGUGCUCACAGUCAAAGCUGCUGCAGCUCAGCAGCAGGACUCAGAGUCCACCCAGAAAGCUGAGAGGGAAGUCACACGUAUGUGCGUCCUGAUGGUCUUUGGCUUCCUCUUGGCUUGGACACCAUAUGCUAGCUUUGCUGCAUGGAUCUUCUUCAACAAGGGAGCUGCUUUCUCAGCUACAGCCAUGGCUAUCCCUGCCUUCUUCUCCAAGAGCUCAGCACUGUUCAACCCUAUCAUCUAUGUGCUGAUGAACAAGCAGUUCCGUAACUGCAUGCUGGGCACUGUUGGCAUGGGUGGCAUGGUGGAAGAUGAGACCUCAGUAUCUGCCAGCAAGACAGAAGUCUCCUCUGUCUCUCAAGGUUAA